GAGAGAGAGAGAUAGAAAAGGAGAGAGGAGGGGCCUAAAAAGUAUGAACUUGUGUAUGAUUUUGGCUGCAGGAAGCAUUAAGACGGGAGACGACCGCGAGCAGGACGCAGCGCGCAGGAGGAGUCGCUUUGUAACUUCCCACGGACGGACUUUCCCACUUACUUGUUCAUUAUUAUCAUCAUCAUUAUCAUCAUCAUUAUUAUUAUGAUUAUUUUCCUCCUGGCGGGCUCCCUCGUUGCCGUGAAUCAAAGCCCGAGCCGUCCCGCCCGUGCCGUCGCGCCUCCCUCUCGCCGUGCGUAAUUUGUACCAAAAGGACCGACACCAAAACAACACGAGGACGUGGACGCGGCCCAGGGAGACGACGCACGAACCGGCGGGGGAAAAUGAGGAGCCUCCUGGAGAUCUGCUGGGUUUUCCUCUCCCUGCACGCUCCCGGCGUGCUGUCCCUGUCCACACAUGUAGCAGUCGUCUACCCCCAGGACCCUGUGCUUCGCAUGGGGUCCAACUUGACGGCCAGCUGCUGGGUCCACCCCGACCUCAGCAUCCAUGCCAGUUCGCUGUUCUGGACUCUGAACGGACAGCAGCUGCCCAGCUCCCUCUACAGAGUGCUGAGUCCCAGCAACCUCAGCGUGACGCUCACGGGCCUGAACGCCUCCAGGCAAACGUCCGGUGACAACCUCGUCUGUCACAACCACAAGGGACACAUAUUAGCCGGUUCCUGCAUUUACGUUGGGAUGCCUCCACAGAAGCCUGCCAACCUGACCUGCUGGUCCAGGAACACCAAGGACCUGACGUGCACCUGGGCACCCGGAGGAAAAGGAGAAACUAAUAUCAGUACAAAGUACAAGCUCAAGUACAAACUCAGAUGGUACGGUACGGAGAAGGAGUGCCAGGAUUACACUCAUACGCAGUCGUACUCCUGCAGCAUCACCCAGGACCUGCAUCUCUUCACGCCGUACGAGAUCUGGGUGGAGGCCUUCAACCAGCUGGGCAGCGCCACCUCCGACGUCGUCACCAUUGACAUCUUAGACGUAGUGACGACGGACCCUCCGGCCGGUGUGACGGUCAGUCGGGUCGGCCAGCUGGAGGACCAGCUCAGCGUUCGCUGGGAUGCCCCGCCGGCCCUCAAGGACUUCCUGUUCCGAGCCAAGUACCAGAUCCGCUACAGGCUGGAGGAAAGUCAAGACUGGAAGGUGAUGGAUGAUGUUGGGAAUCAGACGUCCUGUCGACUGGCUGGACUGAGACCCGGAACGGUGUAUUUUGUUCAGGUUCGCUGUAACCCAGUGGGCAUCUACGGCUCUCGGAAAGCUGGGAUCUGGAGCGAGUGGAGCCACCCCACCGCUGCAUCCACCCCCCACAGCGAGCAACUGAUGUCGGGCUCCUGUGACCCCAAGUCCAGCGGCGACUCCAACUCCACCCUGCGGCGGGAGCUGAAGCAGUUCUUCGGCUGGGUGCGGAAACACGCCUACGGCUGCAGCAGCAUGUCCAUGAAGCUGUACGACCAGUGGAGGGUGCUGAUGCAGAAAUCCCACAAAAGUCGCAACCAGGUAGGUUCUGCAAGGGGAUAAAUCAUAGCACAUGCUGCCUCUGCAAGCAGAAAAGAACUGAGUGAAUGCAGUUUGCUUUUGUUUAUUCGCGUGAAUGAGAAGAAGAGAUGUCAUUCGUAUAUCGGAUUCAUAAAGACAAUUUGCUCCAACCAUCUUUGGACGGACACCAGCCGUGACUGUGAGAAGAAACCACUUCCUUUAUGCAUUUUUUUCCACCCGACGGCGCCGGUGCGAGUGACGGAGAUGGCCGACUCACCAUUAACAUCCUCAUAUCGUGAAAAGACGCCAUGUGGACUGUUCUGCUGUCACAAACUACAUCGUAGCAUGACCAUCUCACACAACAGUAAAGACAUUUGACAUGUAUUUGAUGUAAAGAGGAGAACAGAGCAAAUCUUAAAGUGUUAUGUGACGUUCUGGGGUUUUUUCUGUGGAUCGAAAACACCAUCUAGUGGCUGCUCAUCAUCCUGCGGAUUCUCUAACCAAUGCCCCUCACUGAUGUCCUAAAGUAAAGAGAAAAGUAAGAAAUUAUAAAACAGUAUUUUGAAUUAAUGCUUUAUGUAGUUGAAAAAUGUGCCAAACUGAUUCACCCAGGAUUCUUGUGUUUCUGAGUGACGGUAUGUUACUGAUGAUAUGAUGGUGUUUGCGUUUGGACACUGCCUUUAUUUUUGUACUGAACUGUACCAGUAUAUUUAAAGUAUAAAGUUAUGUUUUAUAAUUCUUAAAUUAUGUUUAGUUAGUGAAAGACUGUACAAUGACUGAAGUUGUUAUCGAUCUCUAAAGAUGUCCCAUAAAGAUGCUGCCAGAAACACAGAGUUUGGACAUUACUGGUGUUUGCACAAGAACACAGCUCUGAUUUUUCUCACUUCGGGUUCUCAUCCUUCUCUUCCUCACUCGAUUUGUCCAAAACAAGAGUA